AUCCAGCUCCCCGAUUGGCCUGAUCGUACGGCAGAUGCUCUAACCGUUUUACCUACGUCCGAAGCGUGUGUUACGAUAUUUCUGUGUUUUCCGAUCGAAUUUCAAAGCAAAAAUUGAGCAGUGCGCGACCAACAAACAAAAAACCGUAACUAUAGGUUCUGCCUGUGAACAUGUCGUUUGUGCGUAGUCUUCAGGAGGAGAUGAGCCGGGACUCCGACAACGAGUUCGAUUCCUCGUCCGGCUGCGACAUGAGCUUCGAGCUGAGCAGCGACAACCUGCCGUGCAACAGCCCCCAGGUCGGUACGCCGUUGCCGAAUCCGAGCUUCAGUCCGCCAUACAAACGGGUCAGGGCCCUCAGACUGUUCGACAGUCCGCUGACGCCGAAGACCAUCAUACAGAAGUGCUCGGCCAACACGCCGGUGCCCCGCAGCAGAUUGUUUGGGGACAAACCGAAGGCGGUCGCCUGUGCCUACGCCAAGCCUGACAGGCCGGCCGCAAACGUCAAUCCGUUUACACCUAACGGUAUGCUGUUAUCGAAGAAACGUACCAGGUCCAUUAGGUCAAUGAUGGGGUCACCUGAAGUUAGGAUACCAAAGUUUGAUCUUAACGAUGAGGAUGAUGAUGAGGAGGUAGAAAUUGAACAGCCAACAAAACGAGUUGCCCUCCAGGAGAACAACAUCUCAAGAUACCACCAAGAAUUCCUCGAACUGGAACUGAUUGGCAAGGGCCAAUUCGGUUGCGUGUACAAGUGCGUGAACCGCCUCGACGGUUGCGUGUACGCCGUCAAAAAAUCCACGAAGCCGGUGGCCGGCAGCGUGUUCGAGAAAACCGCCCUGAACGAGGUGUACGCUCACGCCGUCCUCGGCAAGCACCAGCACGUCGUGCGUUACUACAGCGCCUGGGCCGAAGACAACCACAUGAUCAUACAAAACGAAUACUGCAACGGCGGUUCGUUGGCCGACAAGAUCGCCCUGGAGGCCCUCAGCGCCGCCGAGUUACGGCGUCUGCUGUUGCACGUGGCCGAAGGUCUGAGGUACAUACACAACGAGGGGCUGGUGCAUCUGGACAUCAAGCCAGGCAACAUAUUCGUGUCGAAGGAGAAGAAGAUCCACGCGACGAACUACGAUUCGGCCGACGACGGCUUCGAGGAACUAGACGACAGCACGUUGAACGAGGAGGAGUUGACGUACAAAAUCGGCGACCUAGGACACGUUACCAGUUUGAACAAUCCACAGGUGGAAGAGGGCGACUGCCGCUACCUCCCAAACGAGAUCCUGCACGAGGACUACUCGCACCUGACCAAGGCGGACGUGUUCGCCCUGGGCCUCACCGCCCUGGAGUGCGCCGGCGCCGGACCGCUGCCCAAGAACGGCGAGGCGUGGCACGCGCUGCGCCGCGGCGAACUGCCGCCGCUGCCGCAGAUCAUAGCCCGCGACCUCCUCGACCUGAUCGCCAGCAUGAUCCAUCCGGAUCCGGCGCUGCGACCGACGCCGCUCCAGAUCAUCCAGAACAGGGCGCUGUCGCCGGACAGCAGCAAGAGCAAGGCGGAACUGACGCGGGAGCUGAACGCGCAGAAGCUGCGCAACGAGCUGCUAAUGAAGCAGCUGAAGGAGGCGACGAUGUGCAUCAAGACGAUCGCCGGCACGGACGGCGCGAAGAAGGGCGCGAGGACGCGCUCGGCACUGCUGUUGGGCAAGAACCUGGGCCGCAGCGUCUCGACGACGACGUUCUAACGUCCGAUUCGUCCGACACGCACGGGCGCGGCACACUAUAAUAAAUUUAUUGAUGGUGCUCCCCCCUCGCUCUAAUACGUUUUUCGCUUGUCAAUUCAAUUAAUUAACUGAUUAAUCUAUUAAAAAAUGGUAGCUUUAAUAAAAUAAAACACGUUAUCGUGUCCGUGCGUACCGGACAGCCGAAAGUGUGGUUCAGAUUGUAAAAAUCCAUGUUUUCUUUAAAUGAAGACUGAUUCGUUUCGUAGCUGUGUAUUGAAUGUGAUGUAACUGGUGAUUGAAACAAAAAUUAAAAUGUACAUUUUUCCUUGUUGUCUGUUACGAAUAAGUCGUUGGCUACAAUUUGUUGUACAUUGUCUCGCACGAGAUUUACUCCGUUAGUUUUUAAGUCGAUUAAUUAUUAACUUUAUGUUUUUUACUCUUCUCAUCCAGAUUAUUAUACAUUUGUGAUAGUGCGCAGCGUCGGCAAACAUAUUAUUAAUUACGUCGGUGUUGAGCUUUUUUUUAAUGAAUAUUCUUUUUGUUUUAAGUAGUCCUGGUUUAUUUGUAAAUUUUUUUAUAUAUCUGCAACUAUAGGUAUAUUCUAUUUUAGACAUUCCUGCUGCAACGCCUUAAACCAAGUAUACCAUGUAGUCUUUUAUAGUUUUAACAUGUUUACCUAUAUUUUGUAUAUUAUCAAAUAAAUAUUUUUAAGAUAA